AUGAUACCACCUCUUCAGAUCAAAGAACAACUCCCUCCAUUCUAUUCUCUUCCAUCAUAUCAAUAUGAUGGAAAGCAAUAUUAUUCAGCUGAUGAUAUCAUCCAUUCAUUUUUUAAAGGAAAGAGUCAAAAAACAAGCAAAAUAAUUGGGGUAUUGCAUUCCGACCACAAAACCAUCAGCAAUAUUGUGCAGAGAGAACUUGGAUUUCGGAGAGUGAAAAAGUCUGCAAUUAUUCUUAGCUUCACAGCAGUCGUUGAAACAAUUUUGAAAAUCACUAAGGGAAACAAAGAUCAAGAUCGCUUAAUAUUACACUUAUUCCAGUCUUUUAACAAUGUGAAUGCUUUAUCAAAUCAACACAAAGAGGAUGAGAAAAGCAGACAACCUAAUAAUGUACAACCACAACAACGAUCUGUGACACAUAUUGCAAUGAAACAGACCUCGUGCGAGCCACCUGCACAUUUUUAUUACAUGCAACCAAUGUCAGACGUGUCAGCAAACCCAUUUAAUGGAGUAGCAUCUGUGACACCAAUUUCUCAUCAUAGAACUCCUCAAACAACGAGUAGGGAUUGCUUUUUGAUGCACCAAGAGCUCAAUGAACACCAGAGCAACUUGAAUCAAGCUAUUGGCUCUGCAUUUCCAACAUUCUCUGCGGAUUAUGCUUCAGGUCUGACCAAUGACCAAACAUCUUUGUACAAAAAGAGAAAACUGGGCUCUGUAACAAAUGAAUGGCAGUAA